AUGUCUGGCCUCGACGCUCCUGAAGUUGCCGCCGCCUACGAUGCCGUGCGAUCGGACAAGGAUGAGACCAACUGGCUCCUCAUCUCGUACGCAUCAGCCGUGGGCAACAAGCUGAGCCUCACAAAGACGGGCACAGGCGGUCUGUCUGAGCUGGUGAAGGAGCUGGACGACGGCCAAGUCCAGUACGGCUACGUGCGCGUCGAGUACGCCAACGACAAGGAGAGCACGCGCGUCAAGUUCGUGCUCGUGGUCUGGAUCGGCGAGAGCACAAAGGUGAUGCGCAAGGCCAGGGUCAGCAUCGAGAGCGGCGACGUCAAGCGCCAGCUCGCUCACCACAGCAUCGCCGUCACCACGGGGGACCGCGGCGAGCUGGACGAGGGGGACAUUGUGACGCGGCUGAGGAAGGCUGGCGGUGCUGAUUACAACGGAGGACGGGGUUGA